AUGCUCCAGUGCACCAAAGACAUGCUGAGCGCUAAAUUUGACAUGACCAACCUUGGCAAGGCUAAGUUGGUCCUUGGCAUUGAGGUCAUCUAUGACCGCCAAUGGGGCACUGCUGCUCUUCACCAGACUGGACAUGUGGACGCCAUCCUGUCAUGCUACAGCCUUGGCAACUGCAAGCUGCAGUACACCCUGAUGACAGCUGGUCUGUCCCUUGCCAAGCUCAAGGCCACCAGCCGCAAGCACACUGCCCUCCCCUACCAUCAAGCCAUGGGCAGCCUCAUGUAUCUGUCACAGGCCACAUGGCCUGACAUUGUGUUUGCUGUGGCCUACCUCAGCAAGUUCAUGAAUGGCUAUGAUGAGACCCAUUGGAUGGCUGUCAAGCAUGUCAUUCACUACCUCAAGGCCAUGAGCACAUUGCCAACAAUCAUCAAGAGUGACAAUCAGAGCGCCAUCUCACUCGCCCAGGCCAACCAACAGGCCUUCCACCCUCAGACCAAGCACAUCAACAUCAAGGUGGCCCACCUACAUGAGGCUGUUGUUGCCAAGAUGAUCAUGCUGGUCCACUGCCUGACUGGGCAGAUGAUCACAGACAUGCUGACAAAGGCUCUCCCCAGGCCCAAGCUUGAAGAGCUCAAGGGACUCACCAACCUACAAGGCUGA